CCCCUACCCCGUACGGGUAUUCCCCAGCAAGGAUGCCAGCUACUGCCCAUGCAGGCGACCGAUAAGAUUGCGCAGUAACCAGACAGCGAGCGCAGCAGACAGACGCCGACACAGCAGGGUCCCGACAUGGAGGACAUCGCCAGGGCGCUGCUGGAAAUCCUCCUCGGAGACACAUCUGUUCGUGGCCUCCGGGUGGUUCGUGGUCCUGAUUGGAAAUGGGGCGAUCAGGACGGUGGAGCUGGGUUCCUGGGCACAGUGGAAAAGUGUAUGGGCAGCACGGUCAGCGUGCUGUGGGACAACGGCUCCCGGAACAAGUACAGAACAGGCUUGGACGGCAACUACGAUCUCCGUAUAGUCGACAACGCGACUGCAGGUGUCAGCCAUAAUGUCAUUUGCGAUGAAUGCAAUGACCGCCCACUAAAAGGAAUCCGAUGGAAAUGCGUGCCAUGUUCAGAUUACGAUUUGUGCAGUGCGUGUUACCAUGCCGGCAAACACGACCUUUUACAUAAAUUCUACAGAAUCGAUACACCCUCCUCAGACGGAGUUGAAGUGGGUACUCGGAAGGAUGCCAGCACAUGGACGUUGAAGGGCAUAUUUCAAGGCGCUCGAGUUCAACGGGGAUUGGACUGGUCCUGGGACGAUCAGGAUGGUGGCAAAGGUGGCAAGGGAACUGUCCUCAAAAUCACAGAUGGAAGCAAGAAAACAAAUUCGUGGCGAUCGUGGGCUGAUGUACAGUGGGACCACGGGAAAAAGAAUUCUUACCGCGUUGGGGCAAAAGGGUUUGUAGAUCUGCAAUUUACGACGAAUGCCGAAGGUGGUAGUUACUUCAUCGAACAUCUUCCUGUGUUAGCAGAUGAAAAGGGCGCCCCGGGCCAGCCAGUUGAUCAGAGUAAUCGAGGACUGCGUGUGGUGCGUGGUAGGGACUGGUCUUGGGGUGACCAGGAUGACGGAGAAGGCCAUGUGGGGACCGUAGAGCACUUCCUGGUGACGCAAAAAGUGCAGGUGCGCUGGGACAAUGGCCAAGCUAACCAUUAUUACAUUGGUCGGCACGGCCGACUUGACCUCCGUAUUUUUGACAACGCAACUGUUGUGCAGGCCGACCUAGAAGGCAAUCCACCCGAACUUAUUGUGCGUGCAGUAAACCACAACUACAGAAGAGUGGAGCAUAACUCAGUGACAUGUGAUGCUUGCAAGGAACACCCUGUGAAAGGAUUUCGAUGGAAAUGCAAAGUAUGUGCGGACUACGAUCUCUGUACAAAAUGCUACAUGAGCGACAAGCACGACACAUCUCAUCAAUUUUAUCGAAUGACUACAUCAAAAUCAAAAAAAGUACUCCUUCCUACGCGCCAGGGAGCCAAAGUUGAAGCAAGAGGAAUUUUUCCUGGAGCUGUGGUCGUUAGAGGUAUUGACUGGACUUGGGAAAAUCAAGACGGUGGUGAAGGAAAAACAGGUGUUAUGAGCUGGGGUCUCAAAGUGAAAGAUGGUACACCGACUCGGUCCUGGGUCGAGGUGAAAUGGGACAGCAGCAGGGUAAGAGCAGAUUAUAGAUUGGGUUACAAAGGGUACGUCGACUUGAAGUACACAAAAGAUGCCUCAGGAGGACACUACUACCCUGAUCACCUACCACUUCUAGGAUUGGACGAGAACUCGACGACAGCAUGCGAUGAAGAAGACCCGCCAAUCUGGGAAGAUGCUUCAGCAAUUACAAAUGAGUGGUAUGCGGGAAAAAUUUCUGCCCGGGAUGCCGUCGACAAACUUACAUCACCUGGCAUUGAGGUCGGUACUUUCCUCGUCAGGGAUUCUGAGUCCUUAGCUGGAGCCUAUGCGAUUUCAGUUCGACAUUUGAAAACAGUGAAGAACUACAGAGUGAAACGGGACGAGAAUGGGUUUUUCAUUGAAAAGGGAAGACCGUUUCGCACUCUCCCACAACUUGUCAACUUCUACAGCCAAGAGAACACCGGCAUUCUUCAGUUGAAGCACGCUUUCCGUCAGAUGUUCCGUGAUGUGAUCUACGAGUCGAUGGACAAGAAGAAUGACGUGGAUAUGAAUGACCGGUCUGCUCUGAAAAUUAUCGGCCGAUUGGGAGGCGGAUCAUUUGGCGACGUCUUCGCUGCUGAAUGGAAUCAUCAAACAAAGGUGGCCAUCAAGGUUUUGAAAAAAGGUAAACCCAUUCUUCCCACAGAAUUUGUCAACGUUAUUUAGAGCAGGGCUCCGUAACUUAUCCUAACACGAACGAAUGUUAGUUACGUAACAAAACACAUGUGAAAUUGAAAGUUCAAGUUAUCGAUUUUGAAAUAUGUCCGAUAUUAUACGUACAUACUGUGGAAAAAAGUUGGACAAGUCGAAUAACUAACUUAUUUCUAAAGGACUACAGUAAACGUUACAAGUUAUAACUUUAACCCUUGAAAUAACGUUAAAGGCAGUAAAGUAAUAAGUUACGGAGCCCUGAUUUAGAGUUGAAUAUUUCGAUCAUGCAGUCAGACCAUAUGCAUUUUAAUCACAUUAAAAGCGGCAGUCUUUGAACACAGCGGAUAAAUGAUAAUUUGGCUGUCUUAAAUAGUAAGGUGUCGCAAUAAUAGUUCCGCCGGCCAGGGACCCGUCCCGUUGCGUAACAAAAUGAACGUUAUUUUCUCUGAGGUUUACGUUACGUUACCGCACUUAAAACGUCAGCAUACGUGCGUUCAGUGAUGCGUAACAGUAACCGAAUAAAGUUACACUUUGUACAGUUCCAUUUUUUGCAAUGUUACAAAAUACGAAGUGUAACGUACACAUCCAGGUAGUUACGUUACACUCUAUGGGCGAUUUUUAAUCGAUCUCGCCAGAAUCAAUCUUUUAAGUUUCGGUUUUCGAUCUUUCGCAUCGAUCUCGCUUACAGGUGAUAUCGGUUGGAUCGAUUCGCAGACGUCCGAUCUUCGGAUCGAUUCACCCCUCUAGUAAAACCGCGAAAUUUUAAAUCCCUUUCCCUUCCGAUAACAUUUUCGCUGCGGCGUUCUGGCAUUCUGUCGAGUUGUAGUCUUGUUAGUGUCCAGUAGUUCAACUAAGAAGAAGAGUAUUUACUUUAAGUUGCGCGAAAUGUUCAAUUUUUAACAAAUGUGAUAUUACUUGGCAAAUUCGAUAAAAACGUUAACAAUUCUUGUUAACCAUAAACGGACCCUUAGUUAAGAAAAUUUUCUAUUUUAUAGUUUCGAGCAAUAUUUUUUUAAUAUUGAAGUUUGCGCCCCGUAGCGCCCUCUCACUUGUACAAUCUGCUUUUGGACGCCAUGUAGGCAUUUCAUGCCUGCUCGCUGCAUUGUUCUUGUUCUUGAUGUGUCUUUUUGCGUGAUAUUUUUUUGAAUUAGCAUAUUAAUCAUUACUUUUAUAAUUGAACCCUUUUUUUGGCAUGAGCGCUGGGCAGCGCGCGCGGGGGGCUGACUACUCAGAGAGCAAGGUGUCCAUUGUUGCUCUGGUACCCGGGCGUGGGUGUGGAGCUGCUCAACAGGUGGUGCUGAACCAUGACGCCCUCCCCCCCGCGCGCCCCAACUGUCUGGUAGAAACGGGUCCGUUUAAAAAUUAUUCGAUCUAGGUCGAUCUGGCUGAGAUCGAUCUUUUCCACUCGAUUAAGAGGUGGAUCGAUCUGAACCCUUUCGAUUUAGAUCGAUUUUUUAGCCCGCCCUUCUACUUUUAAAGAAGCAUAAAGCGGACUUAUGCAACCGCUCUCGUGUCCGUCCGUCCGUCCGUCGUCCGUGUAAGAGGAAGGAGAUGAGCUACAGGUCUACAAAUUUCAGGGUAUCUUAGGGGUCACUCCUGGACAACGAAACGCCUGGUGCAAAUCCUGGCAAACCCCUAAGGAGGUGAAAGGGGGUAACAAAAAAAUAGAGGUUGGUCCAUAAAGUAGGAAAAAUAUAUUUUUUGUAUGGUCUUCUAAGGGGUAACUCGUUAAAGUAGAGCCUUUCGGCCGAAAAUUUUGUCCGUUUGACUCUCUUUGGGCGCUAGAGUGUUUUUUUCGGCGGUAAUACGGUGAAAAUGACCACGUUGCACCUAAAGACGUACAAGGAGGCGUCCAAUCGUAAAAUGUCAGAGGAAGUACCCCUCCAAUACAACACAUUGUGAAUCAGGAUCUACCCUCGGAUUUGCCGUAUCUUUCACCGUUUCGGCCGAAGAGGGAGAUAUUUUGAAAACAGUAGCAAAAAGUCAAGUUUUAAGACUGUUUGACAAACAAUACAAUCUAACCAGCAAGCCCGCCCUUCCGCCAAACGAAGUCACCAGCUCCGCUUCGCUUCGCCGGCAACUCCGUUCGGCAGGGGCCGGGCCAGGCCUGCUUGGCCUGCCGGCGGCAAUGUCCGGGCCUGCGGCCCGACCAUUUCUGUCAUGCGAUUUGCUAAAGGACAUAAUCGAAUGGUGUAGCGGGCCUUCGGCCCGCUUAAACCCGUCGUCUUUGAGUUUGCCCCGUAGACACGAGAGAAAGGGAUGUAACGGUGACGCACCGCGACUACAACCCACCCUUCUGCUUAGAAAACGUUUUUUGGGGGUGGGGGUCGAGUUUCCUUCCAAUUUUGCGGUUUUUAGGCCUUUUUCUACAACUUAUUGUUCACUAUGGCAAUAUUUGGCUUCUUUUCGUCAAAAAACACCCUCUAGCGCCUACACGGUUAGAGAUAGAGCAAAACGGGCUAAAAACUGCACUGGUCCAUUUUCUUUUUAUUCUUAAGCAAAGCAGAAGGGUGGAGUGUAGUCACGGUGAUGCCCCGUUACAGUCUUUCGUCAUGCCCAUGGAGCAAAUCUCUAGGGCCGCAGGCCCCCC